AGGUAAGAGAAGACUUUUUUUCUUUUGGAAGGUCUUGUGGAUUCCAUAUAUAAUACUCAAUUUCCUUUUUUUUGUAUUCUGUUUCACAAUUAUGAUUUUGAAUGUGAAUUGAAUAGGCUGUUUUUAUUCAGUAAGGUCGCUUGCUGAUUUCUUGUCUUUUAUUGACCUUGUCACUCUAUAUAACCAUCAAAUUCUUGUCUCUCAUCAAAACUCCCUCUCCUCCAAAACAUUGUUUUCUUCUGCAACAUUUCACUUCUCAAAACAUAUAAAAGUUUAAGAUACUUUUAGAGAGAGAGAGAGAGAGAGAGAAUGGGAGAGAUGGCUUCUCUUUGGUGUUAUGCAGAGCAUGGUGAAAUUGAUCAACUGGGGCAGAAGCUUCUGUACACGAGUCUGGAACUGGAGAAGCUGAAAUCCGAAGCCAUGGAAGAAAUGCGGAAGAACAAAGAAUACGUGAAUCAACUCAUCCAGCUCCUCAAAUGCGCCAUCGAAGAGCGAGACGAAGCAAGGAAGCAGCUCGACAAACUCAUCGGCGCCGGCGCCGACAUCUUCCCCUAUUUCCAAGGCGGCGGCGGAGACAGCUCUCUGCUCAAGCCGGCGAAGGCCAAUUCGAGCAUAACCGAAUCCAACAGCCUCUCCGACACGCACAACUACCACUCCCCCUUCGACGCCGCCGCCGUCUCCUCGCCGCCGAUCAGCUUUGUCCAGCAGGACUCCGCCGUCGAUCGGGCGUCGUUGGUGGUCGAUAACCUCUCCAAGGGGAGGCUUCUGCCUCCCAAGGGGAUGCUUCUGCAGGCGGUCCUUCAAGCGGGGCCGCUGCUGCAGACGCUGAUGGUGGCGGGCCCGCUGCCGCGGUGGCGGAACCCGCCGCAGAUGCACCCGUUUCAGAUACCGCCGGUCGGCAUCAAAGGCGGCGGGGCGGAGUUCGCUUCCCAGCAGGGUAGUUCGAUUUUGUCGGAUUUUGGUGAUUUGAAUUAUGGGAAUAAUAAUAAUGCUUCUUUGAUAUCGCCUGCGGCGGUUAGUAGUAAUGGCGGCGGCUGCUUCCGGUUGCCCAAACGCCAGAGGUUCUGUUGAAGUUAUACUCAUUAAUUAAUUAAUUAAUUAUAUAUAUAUAGUUAGACCGAACAAUUUUUUGUAUAAUUAGGAGAUGGAGGAGUACUGCUGUAAAUGGAUUAUUACUUUAUUUCAUUUUAUUGCUUUUCUUCAAAUAUGUGGUAUAUUUUUGGUGUUUUAUUUCACUCGUAAUGCAAUUAGAUAUCCGGAUUUGAGUA